CCUUUCUCUCAUCACCUUUCCCUUUUCUCAUUUUUCACAUCGGUAUACCAUGGGAAAGCGCAAUAGGGCGGCAUUGUUGCCCACAAACAUCCCACAGCUGCAAAAUCUCAUUAAACGAGAUCCCCUUUCAUACAAAGAGGAGUUUUUGCAACAGCUUCGUCACUUUGAAUCCUCUAGAACUAUCUUUGAGCUCAAGCCUGAAGAACUUUCAACUGACUUUCAGGAUCUGAUCAACUUUAUCGCCCAGGUGUCUCCUUGUUACCCUGAAGAGACAAAAGAAUUCCCAGAUCAAAUCAUUGCACUUCUAUCUAAGCACUACCAGAUCCUCAAUCCAGAGCUCCGCCGUACCAUGGUGCAGGCGUUGGUUCUUCUUCGCAACAGAGAGAUGAUUUCCUCUACCAGUCUACUUUCGCUCUUUUUCACUUUAUUCCGCUGCAGAGACAAGAUGCUCCGUGACAUUCUCUAUAAUCACAUUGUAAAUGACAUCAAAGUCAGCAAUCAGAAGGCCAAGAACAACAAGAUGAAUAAGACACUUCAAGGAUUCAUGUAUACAAUGUUGACUUCUGCUGAGGGCGCUGCGGGGACAGGAAGCGAAAAUGCCAUCGCAGCUAAGCGCAGUCUUGAUGUCUGUAUCGAACUGUAUCGCAAAAAUAUUUGGAAUGAUGCCAAGACUGUUAAUGUUAUUGCGCAUGCUUGUUUCUCGCCUGUAACCAAGAUCAUGGUUACUGCACUUCAGUUCUUCCUGGGUAAUAAUGAAGCAGACGAUGAUUCAGAUGAUGAAGACGAAUUACCAGAUAUCAAAUCCAUGCAGCAUAAACAGAACGUCAGCAAGAAGACAAAAUCCAAAGCAAAACAGAUGGAUAAAAUGCUCGCGACCUUGAAGAAGAAGCAAAAGGCUAAGAAGAAGGCCGAAACUUUUAAUUUUUCAGCACUUCAUUUGUUGAACGAUCCUCAAGGUUUCAGUGAAAAGCUCUACUCUCAUCUGGCUUCAUCUCGUGAGCGUCACGAAGUUCAGCUGAUGUUGAUGAACUUGAUUUCUCGUAUCAUUGGUGUACACAAGCUAACGGUUCUCGGAUUUUAUCCAUAUCUCCAGAAGCGUCUUCAACCGACCCAGAAGGAUGUAACUCAAAUCAUCGCCAUUUCUGCUCAAGCCUCACAUGAUCUCGUGCCACCAGAUGUGGUUGAGCCUGUGAUCAGAACAUUAGCCAACAACUUUGUGACAGAACAUUGUGCUGCAGAGGUCAUGGCGGCAGGUCUGAACGGUAUUCGAGAGAUCGUCUCUCGAUGCCCUCUAGCCAUGAAUGCAACAUUGCUUCAGGAUUUGACUGAGUACAAGAAUCACAGAGAUAAAGGAGUAAUGAUGGCCUCUCGUUCAUUAAUUGGUCUCUUCCGAGAGAUCAAUCCGGAGCUUUUGAAGAAGAAGGAUCGUGGCCGUGGCGCUACGAUGAACAUGCGCAGCCUCAAACCUUCUGCUUAUGGUGAAACCCAUAAUGAUGCUGACUUUGCGGAUCUUCAACUCUUGGCCGAGAAUGCAGAUGGGGACAGCAACAACGGAGAGGGAGAUGAUAAUGACUGGGACGAAUGGGAAGAGGCUUCUGAGGAGGAGAAUGAUGAUGAAGAAGGUGGUUGGAUUAAUGUUUCAGAUGAUGAUAACGAUUUGAACAUUAAGCUGUCAGAUGGUGAAGAAUCAGAGGAUGAGAAUGGAAAUAAGAAACCGAAGACAAAGCGUCUGUCUGCUAAUAAGGAACGUCGUUUGAAAAAGAAAGGUCUGUUGCCUAAUGAUGAUGACGAUGCGGAUAUGAACGUUAAGGAAGAAGAUGAACAGACCAAGGCUAAGCGUCUACAGAUGGAGGCAGAGCGUAAAGAAAAAUUGGCUGCUGCUCAGCUGCUGGCAACGACCAAGAUUCUCACACCUGCAGAUUUUGCAAAGAUCGAGGCUUUAAAAAUGGCUAAGCAAGCGGAUCAAAAAAUGAAUCCAACCCGUGCUAAUUCAGGCAAGCGUCCUGCGCCUUCGGAUGAAACUCAACAAGAAGGUGAGGUCUCGAUUGGGUCGAUUAUCGGACCACGUAAGAAGGCCAAGCAGGAUUAUGCAGAGCGUAUGGAGUCGAUCAAGAACGGACGUGAGGGACGAGAAAAGUUUGGUUCACGCAAAGGAUCGAAUGACCGUGGAUCAACUACGAACAAGGAAAAGGCUAAGGGCAAGAACUUUAUGAUGAUUGCUCACAAACGUGAAGUCCGCGAGAAGAAGAAGAUGAGCUUGAGGGAUAAGCAGAUUCAACUUCAUGCACAUAUCAAGAAGCAGAAGAUGAUGAAGAAGUGAAAACAUUUUUGGUGACAAUCAAACACAUUAGAGUAAGGGUAGAUGAUUGAAGCAAGAACACCCCAUGUACAAUACAAAUAGCAUUUUUAUAUUAUCAUCACACAUUCAUGUCUUUUGCGCACCU